AUGGCUUUGGCUACAAUCAAGCCCAGUUUAUUGCUGUGCUUCUUAUUGUUUAUCCUUGCCGCAAUAAUUCCCACGCUCCGGGCACAUAUCGGCGACUUUGAUGAGGUGUGGCAAAAGCGAGCUGAGGAGGCCAAGAGUAAUGCUCUCGAAGCUUAUCACCCCGAUCCCGACGAAGUUAUCAAUCAUUUCAACCAUCAUGUCCACUUGGCCACGGCGGAGGUGAGGAGCGGGAACAGCUCAACCAGGAGGAGCUUGAGGAACAAGGAAUACAAAGGUCCAUGCAUGGCGACCAACCCCAUCGAUCGAUGCUGGAGGUGCCGGUCGAAAUGGGGCAAAAAUCGCAAGAAGUUGGCGGAUUGCGUACUGGGUUUUGGCCGGAAAACCGUCGGAGGCAAGUACGGGAAAUUCUACGUUGUGACGGAUGGGUCGGACGACGACAUGGAGAACCCAAAGCCCGGCACAUUGAGACACGCCGUGAUCCAGACAGAGCCACUGUGGAUCAUAUUCGAGCAUGACAUGAUCAUCCGGCUGAAACAAGAGCUGAUUAUGACCAGUGACAAGACCCUCGACGGUCGGGGUGCUAGGGUUCACAUCGCCUACGGAGCUGGCAUCACCAUCCAAUUCAUCAAGAACGUUAUCAUUCAUAACCUACACUUUCAUGACAUCGUUGCACGUGAAGGUGGAAUGAUCAGGGAUUCUGUCAACCACCUCGGUUUCAGGACAGCCAGUGAUGGCGAUGCUAUCUCCAUCUUUGGGUCCACUAAUGUCUGGAUCGAUCACAACUCCAUGUCCAACUGCAAGGAUGGACUCGUCGACGCCAUCAUGGGAUCCACUGCCAUCACCAUCUCCAACAAUCACCUCACCCACCACAAUGAGGUGAUGCUGUUCGGAGCAAGCGACAGCUACCCUGAUGAUUCAAAAAUGCAAAUAACAGUGGCGUUCAACCACUUCGGGAGAGGACUGGUGCAGAGGAUGCCGAGAUGCAGAUGGGGAUUCUUCCAUGUAGUCAACAAUGACUACACACACUGGCUCAUGUAUGCCAUCGGUGGUAGCUCAAACCCCACCAUCAUUAGCCAGGGUAACCGCUUCAUUGCUCCUCCCACCGAAGCUGCUAAGCAGGUGACCAAUAGGAACUAUGCACCGGAAAGUGUCUGGAAGCAUUGGACAUGGAGAUCAGAGGGUGAUCUGAUGAUGAAUGGAGCCUACUUCAUACAGUCAGGGAAACCCAUCAAAAAGAAGCGAGAUAUGAUUACUGCAAAGAAGGGCACUUUUGUGAAAAGGCUUGUACGCUUUUCGGGUGCUCUCAACUGCAAAGUGGGAAAACGUUGUUAAACUUUUUCUUUUUCUUGGGGUUGGGGGUACACUUUUUCAUUUUCAUUCAUAUACUAUACCAUUAUACCAAUAUUACCGGUUAUCAACAUCAAAUAUGCAGGAAAGGGAGAUAUAAACAAGAUUAAU